AUGAUGAAGAUGCAAAUUGGUGUGCUGGCAUUUUUGGUUGCUCUCUCCGUAUCAUCUCUUGUUGAAUUCGGAUUGGCUUCUCCCGAUACCGUCCCUGCCUUCCUCUGGUCUCCGCAUCUCCAGUCUGCGAAUGGUGAAUUGGACGAGGCUGUAAAUUAUCAGGUCAUGUCUGCAAAGGAUCUAGUUGAUUCUGUUUUCACUCAAGGACGCUGGUCAAACUUUCUGUGUUCAGAGAAGAAACUUGAGCAAGCUGUUGAUGUUGCGCUUGUGUUCAUCGGCAGAGACUUACUCUCUUCUGAUGUUUCUUCAAAAAGGAACUCGGACCCUGCCCUUGUUAACACAUUGAAUAACCUAUUCACAGCCUCCAACUUCUCAUUGGCAUUCCCAUACAUUGCUGCUCCAGAGGAAGAAAGGAUGGAGAAUUUGUUGCUUUCAGGGCUUAAGAAAGCUUGCCCUCACAAUCAAGGAGUGAGCAAUAUUGUGUUCUCAGACUCAUGCUUUGUCGAGGAUGGAACAAUUCAGAAACUAUCAGACUUGCAGUCUAUCAAAGAUCAUUUGCUUGCUAGAACCGAAACAAGGAAAGAUGGAGAAACUGAUUUGGUUGUGCUCUGCUCUGAGGGUUCUGAAUCAAAUAGUAAAUCUGGCCAGUCGCAUUCAGAGCGUGAAAGCAUCUCCGAACUUGUUGCUUCUGUAGAACAAUCCGGCAGUAAAUAUACAGCUCUUUAUGUUUCCGAUCCUUACUGGUACACAUCGUACAAAACUCUCCAAAGGUUUCUAGCUGAAAGUGCUGCCGGAAACAGCACUGGUGAUGUUACUACAGGCUGUGAUGAACUCUGCAAGUUUAAGUCAUCACUUUUGGAGGGCAUACUAGUGGGAAUCGUUUUCCUUCUGAUCUUGAUAAGUGGACUUUGUUGUAUGGCCGGUAUCGACACACCUACUAGAUUCGAGACUCCACAAGAUUCCUGA